AUGUGCGGGACCUUUGGAAACCGGCAGCUUCACGCCAAAAUCGGGGGGACGAGUUGGGAGAGCGGGACAUUCCUACAAGAUGACAAGCCAUCACAGUCACACAGCGGCGCAGGAAUGUUGGGAAAACACAGACGAGAGGGGUGGGAUAAGCAAAGGGGAGCGGGGGGGGGGGGGGGGGGGGUCUCGCUGAGCCCCCACCAUGACCCACCUUCCCGCCCCCCAAACCGUAACCCUUACCCCCGCCUCUGCAGCCCACCACCGCACUCACCGCUGCUCACCACUGCGGCCGGCUCGCUCCAACUUCUGUCAUGCAUUUGA